GGAUGGAAUAACUUCCCUUCUAUAGUGCACAACAUGUUUUCUCUAAUUCUGAAUUUAGAGUGCGGCUCUUGGUUAUACCGUUUAAAAAUUUCCCUGUACGAGUAAAGGAUGGGGCAAUAAUUCCUAGUAAAUUUAUGCUGAGCUUUCUGGGUGGGCACCUUUGCCUUUGCAUAAUGUGUAUAUUUUUUCUAUUAGUCAUACACCACCUUGGACUACAAAUACAGCUACUGCCCCACAACUCUGUUUCUUUCAGUAUCAUACUUCACUUCCAGCUUCAUAUUCGACCUUCGUAGUAUUCCUGAGUCCAAGGUUCCCUCGUUUUAGCCUUGACCGGACAACAUUCGCUUUCAUCCACACUCGCUCCACUUGCUAUAUUAUAUUGCCUACCGCUGGCUUCUGAAUAGCUCACCUUCGCUCCGUGUCAUUCGUUUUCUGGUUUCUCCGAAUACUCAGUGCAACACGUUUACGACUCUCCCGCUCUCGACCAAAAUUCAGGCUUUCUCACGCAUACCGCUGUAUUCUCCUACGAGCGUAUACCUGUCCCAUAUCAAGUAUGAGUUCGUACGGUUCAGAUCACCAUGACCAAGCACACAGUGGCACUCAACGGAAGCGAGUCGGCAAAGCCUGUGACCGCUGCCGCAUCAAGAAAAGCAAGGUGUGUACCUAGUUUCAAUACACUGGUGUAGAUUUUGUUCUGCAUCAUGUUUUUCCUAGUCCAAGCCUAAUUUUCAAACAGUGCAAUGGAGACAACCCAUGUGACCGUUGCAAUACCGAUGAUCAAGUUUGCACCUACAGUGAGCGCAGAAGGCCGAGAGAUAAGAACCCCCCAAGAGGGUAAGUUUCCGAAGAUAUUGCGCACAUUCUUGCUCUGCGGAUUCGGGAAAUUGAUGCUUGCUAGAUAUAUCGAAACUCUUGAGAGCCGCUGCAUUGUUCUCACUCAGGGCUUGAUUGAGCUGGACCGCAUCCGAAAGGGUCUGCCAGCUUCCUCUACUCAGUUCGUUGCUGGCAGGCCCAGUGGAAGGAUGGCGAACUCGAUUUUAAAGGAGAUUGGAAUCGACGCCUCGAGGAUUGAAACCGAUUUUGACGAUUUCGAUGGACUUUGCGGCAGUGGCUCUCCUGGAGCAGAGAGUCUCGGAGGGGGAUCAAAUCAUUCUCAAUAUGACGAAUUCUACGCAAGCACGGAACACCUCUCUCAUCCCCAAUCCCACCACUCCCCGGCAUCUUCUCGUAGUCCGAGUGUAAACGCAGCUUCAUCGCGCGCUGCGUGGCCUUUGGAAGGGCAUCGCCGACAGACAUCUCAUGGUUAUCCUAUCGCGAAUUCUCAGUUUAUUGCGGAGGGAGUCACUAUUCCAAACCUCGUGUCGAAUGGGGAUUACCGACCCCCGAUCCUACUGAUGGAGCGGCCUCAAUACCAACCUUCCUCACCAGCUCAAGGAGUCUUUCACUACAACCAGAAUUACAGUCUAUCUUCCCAGGAUCUUCCGACCGAUUUUACCGAUUAUUACGAAUAUCAGAGCCAGCCUUCUCCCACUGGUAGCUCUACGGAUGCCCCGCCGAAUUAUAAUUUGUAA